GUAUCGUCAUCAGUAGUCCAUGCUUUUCCGAGUAUAAAUCUCUCCUUAUCGUCAUGAAAACGACCGUCGUGUUAGUAACGCUUUUCGCUGCGGUGAAUUCUCAGUGGUUCGCAAGUCCACCAUUUUACGCUUCGCAGUACACCGGCGUGGGUGGCGCCCGCGGAAUAAUCACCGACCCCGCGGGAGACUUGCUUAUCUUGGGGAGAAGCAUUAACGGGAUUGCGGUCGUGUACGAGACGCAAAAUGGCGAUGGCACGAUUGACGUGGUGAAUCAGAGGAUCGUAAUCGGAAAUGGAUUAAACCUCAAUCAUGGCGUGGCGUAUAAUGAUGGAUACAUUUAUGCCGGCAGUGCCAGUUCAAUUUACAGGUGGCCUUACACACCUGGAAACCGGACUCAAAUCAGUGUAGGAGAAGAAUUAGUAGUGACCGGCCUUCCCACCGGAGGUCAUGAUUCGCACGCCAUCGUGUUCGAUUCGCAAGGUCGAUUCUACUGCAGUAUUGGAUCGCAAAAUAAUGUCGAUCAAAAUUCCAGUCGUGCCAAACUCUUGAGAUUUACGUUGACGGGAAAUUUGCCAAAACAAUAUGCAGAAGGAGAGCUUUUUGCCGAAGGUCUCAGAAAUGAGGGGGGUCUCGCCUUCGACAAUAAUGGUGUCCUUCACGGCGUUGAAAACGGUGCGGACAAUUUAAAUCGUGCCGAUUUAGGCGGUGACAUUCACGAUUUGAACCCCACGGAAGAAUUUAACCGUUUCGAUGGACCACUCGGACAACAUUUUGGUUAUCCGUAUUGCUUCAGUACGUACAAUUUACCUGGUUAUGCUCCAGGCACGCAAUUCGCGUGGCCAGAUUUCAUGAACGACGGUGUCCACAAUGAUGAUUGGUGCAAAAAUGUGAACAAUAACCGACCGCCCUUGAUUGCCAUGUCGGCGCACGAAGCUCCCCUUGGGUUUGACUUUUACCGAGGUCAGAACUGUGGUAACGGAGGUGGCGCGUUCCCCUGCAACAUGACCGGCGACGCUUUCGUUUCCUUCCAUGGAUCUUGGAAUCGUACUCCGGCGUCGGGUUAUCGAGUCGCACGUUUCCCAUUCAACGCAGCCGGAAACGCAACGGGGGAGGAGCUCAAUGUCAUUAGCGAGCUGGAUGUGGCAGGUUGCGCCAACGGCCCGUGUAUUCGACCGGUCGAUGCCGCCUUUAAUGACAACGGUCACCUCUUCAUUACCGCAGACGCGAAUGGGUUCAUUGUUCGUGUCACGUACGGAACACCUGGACCCACAAUUAGGAGAAAUAUUGUUCGAUUGAAUUAAGACUUAUUCAGUACAGAGAGUAAACUGUAUAAAGUGUUGUUUAAGCCUAUUUAAUUAUCGGAAUUUAGUAAUUAAUAAUAUGCCAAUGUAAAACAUAGAAGAUAAAUAAAGGUAUUUUUUAAACAGGCUGUUUAAUAAUCA